AGAUGCAACGUCCUGCCUCAUGUAUUUGCCUCUUGGUGCUUUGUUCAGAACUUCCCCAAGUAGAGUGAAACUCAGGAGUGAAGAAACCGAGUCACCGUGAAAGGAUGGGAAAUUAUCUCCUGCGAAAACUCGGUUGCCUUGGAGAGAACCAAAAGAAGCCCAGAAAGGGAAACCCGGAUGAGGAAAGAAAAUGGCAGGAAAUGACUGCAUCUGAAAGAAAACAUCAAGAUCAAGAUAAGAAAAGCCAAGAAGUUUCAUCCACUUCUAAUCAGGAAAACGAGAAUGGCAGUGGUUCUGAAGAAGUGUGCUACACUGUCAUUAAUCACACCCCCCAUCGGAGAUCUUCCCUGAGUUCCAAUGAUGAUGGUUAUGAGAACAUUGACUCCCUCACCAGGAGAAUAAGAGAGUUUAGAGAAAGGUCAGAGACAGAAUAUGCCCUUCUUAGGACUUCUGUUAUUAGGCCUUGUUCCUGCACCCAUGAACAUGAUUAUGAAGUUGUGCUUCCACACUAAAUCCCUCAAGCUGCUUUAUCACCUUCCAGCAAUGCAGAUGAUGCAGACUAGCAGACUCUGGAGGAGUUCUUUACUCUGGGCAGUGCAUGAAAUAUGCAUUUCCGGCUAACGUUUAGAAAUAUUAUCUUAUUGUAUAUUCUUGGGCAACUCUGGAAUGUGACAUCUCUGUGGUUUAGGUGAAAUCACAUACAUCGACACAAUAACCUAAAGUAUACUACGUGUUUUGCUUGUAAAGUUUGAGGACAUGGAGGUGGUUAAAAAACAAAACAAAACAAAAAAAAUAAAAUAACUUCUUAAGACAAUUAUGUAAACUGAAAAUAAAAUUCUAAUCCCCCUGACUGACUGAAUAGACCCCGUUCUGGGCCAAGGAGACCUCAGGUGAACCUGAAAGGCUGAAUUCUGGCCAUGAUAGGAAAGGAGGUGAAACACACAUUGUUAUACCCCUUCCCUUUUGGAAUAUAGGCACAAGUGACCAGGAUCAACAUUAAAAUAAAGAUUGUAUGACAGAUGAAACAGACUGAUUCUGGCAAUAGGAGUCCCAAUUCCAACCUGACUUUGGUAUAGCAUCACACACUGUCUGAGGGAUGCUAUCUAUGAGACUUCGUCUACACAACAAAGACCUUGUUUUCCACAACCUCCUUAUUUUAGCUAAAGCAUUCUUUUCUACUCACUUCUUAAGUCUUUAGACAAAGUUUAACUCUUUCAACCAAUUGCCUAUCAGAAAAUCUUUGAAUCUACCUAUGAUCUGUAAGCUCUCUCCUGCUUCAAGAUCUUGCCUCUUUAAGCUGAACCAAUGUGCACUUUCCAUGUAUUGAUUUAUGUCUUGGAACUCCCGUCUCCCUUAAAAAUGUAUAAAACUAAACUGUAACCUGACCACCUCAGGCCCACUUUCUCAAAACCUCCUGAGACUGUACCCCAGGCUAUGGUAACUCACAUUGGCUCAGAAUCAACUCACACACACACACACACACAAAGUGAAAUGAAUCAUAUAUAUUUGCUCAUUAUUGCCUUUCUAGCCAUAGAGAAUUGAAGGAUUUUGUUCAAAGAUUAGUAAAAAUGGAAGAUAAACUUGUGUUUAUACCUUUGUUUACAACACACUAGUUAAUCUAAUCUGUGACUAGUUAUUGCUACUGAAGGUAGAGGUAUAGUUUCUGGUUUUAAAAUGGAAGCAAACUGGAAAAUAAUCAUCUAAUUAUACUUUCUUUCCCAAGAAAAUUUUAAAUGAUAUGCCAGCUUCCUAAUAUGGAGACAAAGGCCUUAAUUGACAAUGCAUUCAUGAUAUUUUUCUUGUAUAGUUACAGUAUACAAGUUGAGUAUCCCUUAUCUGAGAUUCUUGAGACCAGAAGCAUAUUUCCGAUUUAUGUUUGGAUUUUGGAAUAUUUCUAUACACAUAAUGAGAGAGUUGGAAGAUGGGAUUCAAGUCUAAACAUAACAUUCACUUAUGUUUGAUAUACACCUUAUCUGAAUAGCCUGAAGGUAAUUUUAGACAAUAUUUUAAAUAAUUUUGCGCAUGAAACCGAGUGUAUGUACACCGGACCAUCAGAAAGCAAAACUGUCACUAUUUCAAGUCAGUGCUCAAAAAGUUUCAGUUUUAGGCUGGUGAUGCAGUUCAUGACUGUGAUCCCAGCUCUUUGGGAAGCCAAGACAGGCGGAUCUCUUGAGUCCAGCAGUUUGAGACCAGCCUGUGCAACACAGUGAGACCUUGCCUCUACAAAUAAUUAAAAAUUAGCCAGGAGUGGUAGCAUGCACCUGCAGUCCCAGGUACUCAGGAGGCUGAGGUAAUAGGAUCAUUUGAGCUGGGAGGACGAGGCUGAACUGAGCCAGGAUCCUGCCACCAUACUCCAGCUUGGGCAACAGAGUGAGACUCUGUCUCAAAAA